AUGGCGUCGUACGCGGACGCGCUCGAGGGCGAAUCCGAGUACCUCCGCCCGAGCGGCCGCAAGGCCGUGCGCUACGCCGUCGAGGUCGCGUUCCUCGCCCACCGGGGCCAGAAGCGGCGGUCCGGCGAGCCCUUCGUGACCCACCCCGUCGAGGUCGCGAAGAUCCUCGCGCGGACGCACAUGGACCGCGACACCGUCGUCUCGGGCCUCCUCCACGACACCGUCGAGGACACGGACCUGACCUUUGGGGAGGUCGAGGCCAUGUUCGGCGUCGACGUGCGGCGCAUCGUCGAGGGCGAGACCAAGGUGUCGAAGCUGCCGAAGAUGGCGCGCGAUCUGCCCGCCGCGGACGCGGAGAAGGAGCAGGUCGAGAACAUGCGGUCCAUGUUCAUCGCCAUGGCCGAGGACUGGCGCAUCGUCGUCGUCAAGCUCGCGGACCGGCUCCACAACAUGCGGACGUUGCGGUUCAUGCCCCCGCGGAAGCGCGCGAAGAUCUCCCGCGAGACUUUGGAGAUCUUCGCGCCCCUCGCGCACCGCCUCGGCAUGUGGCAGUACAAGACGGAGCUCGAGGAGACGUCCUUCGAGCAUUUGUUCCCCGCGGAGUACGCGGCUUUGGACGAGGCCAUCGCGCGGAAGCGGACGACGGUCGAGGCCGCGCUCGAGGAGUGCCGGGGCAAGCUCGAGACGAUGCUCAUGGACGACGUCAUGAUCAAGGGGCGCAUGCGCACGGUCUCCAUCGAGGGGCGCACGAAGUCGUGCUACAGCACGUGGAAGAAGAUGCAGCGCCAGCAGUGCGGCAUCGAGCGCAUCGACGACCUCGUCGCGUUGCGAGUGGUGUUGAAAGCGGAGCGGCCCGAGGCCGAGGCGGACACGUCGCUCUGCUACCACGUGCUGGGCAAGGUCCACUCGACCUGGACGCCCCUGCCUCGGACGCUCAAGGACUACAUCUCCUCGCCCAAGCCCAACGGCUACCGGUCGCUCCACACGACGGUGCUCGUCGGCUCGCAGCCGUUGGAGGUCCAGAUCCGCACCGACGACAUGCACCGGGUGGCGGAGCUCGGCGCGGCGGCGCACUGGGCCUACAAGGACACGGACGCGUCGCUGCCCUGGCUCCAGAUCAUCCGCGAGUGGCACGCGCAGGUCGACAGCUCGAGCGUCUUCAUGCAGCUCGUGCGCAACGAGCUGCUGGGCACGCGCGUCUUCGUCUUCGCGCCCCGGGGCCGCAUCCUCAACCUCGCCAAGGGCGCGACGCUCGCCGACGCCGUGGCCCACGUCGUCUCCGAGGAGUCGCAGUCGGACCGCCGCGGCGCGUUGGCCUACGUCAACGGCCAGCGGGAGGACGCGGAGUACGAGCUCCGCAACGGCGACAUCGUCUCCUUCGCGCCGCCCGUGGACCGGGCCGC